GCCCCUAGAAAUGUGGGUGUGGGAGAGACGGGAGAGGGAUUUCUACAUGGACCAGAGCCUGGCUCACAGUGGGAUGGGGGAGGGGCCGGGGCUGCUGUGACGUCGGCACCAGCAUUGAGACCCCCACAAUGCUCGUAAGGACCAGAACCCCGGGCGGCGCCAGACUCUGCAGGGAAGCUGUCCCAGUCCCUUGGCCCAGGGCCUGGGAGAGGCUGUCAGACAUCCCCCUGCCCUUGUGAUCAUCUGGUGGCCACUCGGUGGUAAUCAGGACCUGGAACUGAACAUCCAUCCAUCCAUCCAUCCCUCCAGGCCCCACACACCAUCACCAGCUGUUGAGCCCAAGAGAGUUCUGGACGUUGCCUGCUCAGUCCACGUAGGGUCAGGACCACCCCUGGCUCCAGGGGCAGCUGAGUCAGACAGCAAGACCCUGAAACCAAAGGCCAGGCCUACAAAUCUGGCUACCAGCACCCAGAUUUAAAGAAACCUGAUUCACUAAGAAGACUGGAAACCAAUUCCCUCACCCCCAGGGACACAGAUAACUAAUGUCUAACAGAAAAGUCAAAUCCCCUCAGCCUGAGACUUCACCCUUUGGGCAACUCCUUGUGUAGUUCCAAACCUCUUUGUCCGAGAGCUUCACUACAAAAAAAAAAAAAAAGAAUAUCCCCCCUCCUCUUCCCCCUUGGAGGAUCAGGUCCAUCUCUGUGCCCGCCCAUGAGUGUGGGCCCCCAAGUCCCUGGGAAAUGGACAUCAGUAUCCAGAACAUCCUGAGCUUUUGCUUUGGACGCUUUCUAGGGUCUAAGAACAGCCAGCCUUUCCUGCCCAAGAUUGAAGGCCCUCUGUUGCAGAUCAUGGGUCGCCCCCCAUCGGAGGCGGAAGAUGCCCUUCUGGAGAAUGAAAUCCUUCCAGACAGCAUGCAGUACUUCCCCGAGGGAGACAGCAUGAGCAGUACAGAGAGGGACCAGGGCCCUUGGGAUGCGGUAUCAUUCCCUGACGGGGAGGGAUCCACCGGGGUCGUGGACAGAAGCAAGCUGCUGUGGGAGUCUAGCCUCGUCCCCAUCUCUGAGGCACUGGGGGCCCCAACCACGGAGCACCCUGCUAGCUGUAACUGUGGGCAGCUGGGACCCAUAGCACUCUUCUCUCUCCCGGAGGCCACAGAGACAGUGACACGCAACUCUUCGCAGAAUGCAUCUGCCCACCCCAGACAAAGUGAUUGGAGGAUGGACACAGAAGAGAGGAAGGAGCUGAUGAGCUCCUUCUCCAUGAGGCCUGACCCCGCCAGACAGCUGUGGCCUAAGACUCGGGUGUGCCAGGCGUAUCACGGAACUUCAGAAGCAGGCCGGCCCACCACAGGAUACUGGGGCUCUCCUCAGCCUGAAGCCAGGCUCCUACAGCCACCUCAUCUAGACCUGGGUCCCACACAAGGGUGUGCUAGCCCGAAGCCCUACUGUGAAUGGUCAGACACACAGGCACACGCAGACAUGAACAUGCACAUAGAGAAGCCGUCGCAAGCACAUCAGCAUGAGCACAUACAUAGAAAAAAGCAUUUUCGCAUGAAAGCAGACACAGACCUAGGCCAUCCAACAUUUUAAUCCCCCUCAAAGUUCUCUGUCCUACAGUAAUACCCUGGGGAUGGACUGAAGGAUCCUGGGGGGUCAGGGGAGUGCUUCCUGGGAUUUGGAAAGAAACAAGUGUCCAAUAAAGGCUAAAAGACUCCCUGCCAGCUCUAUAGCACUGGCCUCUUUCUGCAUAGUCUCAGCAUACGGGCUCGGUCACUAGGGAGAGUGUGCAGUUUGGGCUGGUUUCCAGGGGGUG